CAGAAGCAGACGACAGGCAUACACAGCUGCGUUCGUUUACUCAAGUUUGCGAUUGUCGCUAUGUUCCUCCAAUCUGGGCGAGAUUCGUAUUAAGAUCACGUGAUUUCUCGUAGAAAGGAAAAAAAAAAAAAGUCUGUAUCAAGUAAGCAUCGAAAAAAGGAAAGAAAAGUGAAAGUAUCGCGUUUUGCCGUUCGUCUGCUAACUGCUCCCGCCUUACCAUUGGACGUGCGUCAAAGCCCGCGUAGAGAGCUUGUGCACCUGUCGUGGCGCCGCUGGAAUUGUAUAUUGCAAUCUGCUUUUAUUGUAUCUGUGUUCGUGCAUGCGUCAACGUGGGGGAUAUAGUGCUUGUGGAUACCCAUUCGUCGAACAAGUGCGCGUAUGUCUUCCGACGUUAAAAAAGGUGGUGCAAACACUGGAUCUCUGUGAUGGCCGUCUGUACUGAGCUGAACUGGUCGGGUUUGGCUAUCGGACAGUGAGGCACUUUCACGCCUCCGUUACAAUUGUACAAACAUGGCUACGCUGCAACUGGAACAACUCUUCAAGGCUUGCGACACGAGUGGUACAGGCUUCCUGGACCAAGAAGAAUUGCGCAAACUUUGCAGUCGCUUCAGCAUCACCAGCCAAGACGCCGACGCCAUCUUUGAAGACCUGGACCACGACCGUGACGGCAAGAUCGACUUCAACGACUUCAAGCAGGGUUUCUCGGAUUUCCUAACGCAGUACCCGGGUACGUGCGGGGACACGCCGAGUCCCUCGCGGAGUUCCUCCGUUGAGGAAGCGACAGAUCGCAGGGAGUCUGUCACGGAUGUGGGUCAGCUGGGAGACAAGGUGUGGACCACUCACAAGGCCUGGCAGAAUUUAACCACCGAGUUGGCCAAAGCAGGGAACAUGAUCAACCAAGAAUCGCUCAACGCUCUGUACAAGGAGCUGCAAAAGACGGACAGGCCUCAAGUAGUCGAACGGUUCGAAGACGUCAUUGCGGAUCUUCUGGACAACAUGAAGAGGCUACAGGAAGAGAACUGUCAACUUGAAAGCACUUGGCUACGAGAGAAGAAAGAACACGAGAGCCAUCUUAGAAGAAUGGAAGAAGAGAUGGACAGCCAGGUCAAGAUUAUGGAGCAGCAGGCCAAAGAAAAGGCCCAAGAAGAAGCUGAAGCUCAAAGAAAAAAUCUGCAAGCUCGAAUGUCGGAAGAAAUGGACGAGCUGCAGUCUCACGUGUCGCUCUUCGAAAAGGUCGAAAAAUGGCUUCGCGCGAAUGAAAGCCACGACAAAAAGCUCACUUCCGUCCAUUCUAAGCUGGACGAAGCACUCCAAGAAAAUCGCCAGCUCAGACUGAGCCUCAUGGACACCCAGUCCAACGUAGCCCUGACCAGGAGCGAACUUGCGCAGAUACGCACCCAGUACGAAAACAAGUGCAAGCAGCUAUACGACGAACGCGACAAGAUCAUGAACGUGUUGCAAGAACAAGGGUUCGUCACGAGACAGCUUCAGCAUCUACAGGACGCUAACAAGAGACUGCAGGACACCAACGAUAUCUUGCGUAGCGUGCUGGAAAAAGCCGAGAAAAUGUCGCCGCAACAGGUGCCACGCCGGGAAUCAAUCCUAUCCGACUACUUUGGACAGGACUUCUUGUCGCCUAGGGCCCCUAGCAGGAGCCUGCGGGAUCGGCCUCACUUCCUUGAUCCUGACGAAGAAGAGCGAGCUUCCGCAAUAUGGUCAAAAGGAGGGUCUCCACCCAGUCCAGUGAUGACCAACGAACUCCCAUUGGCUCCCGUCUCUGAAGGCACAGACAGUGGCAUGUCCACACUUCGGUCCGUUGCAGAAGCUGAUCAACCGGGCCUUGCCGAGAUGGCGCCACUUUCAUCGCUCGACGAGCCAGAGGAUGGGAACAGCCUUACCUUCAAGCCUCGCAUCGUCCACGAGACGCUUGGGCAACGCCGGCGAAGUUCGACAUCUUCGUCCCUUUCGUCUCCCGUUCAGACGCUAGAGGCAGCGACUCCCGAAGACGAGGUUCAACCUGAACCAACAAUGGUGACCGUUCCCGUUCAAACUCGUGCUUCCGCGACGCCUCCACCGACGGCCCCGAGGACCAAGCGUCCCUCCGUGACAGAGAGGGGGACAGAAUCCUUGCCCGUUGCACUCGGUGAAAGUGUGUCUCCGGACUUGAGCAUCUCUGCGAGCAGUGAGAGUGGAAUAGGCAGCAGAAACACCUGGUGCAGUGUGAGUGAAGUUAAUGUGGGUAAUGUUGCGAGGGGGUCAUUAAGGGGAGAUGACUCAUGUCGACAGCUGGAGAGUGUGGAAGCCUCACCUCAGGCGACGCCCAGCAGAGCGGCCCUGUCGUCCAGGAGGAUCAGCGAGAUUAAACGUCAGUUGGGUGUGGAUCCUACCACUGCGAGGUACCACCGUACGGCGAGCCCCGUCGACAUCUUCCGGCGGCCAUCCAAUCCCAACGUCGCCGCCUACACACGACGUCAGAGGUCUCUCUCUCCCCAGAAGCCCGUAUCCCUUCCAGUACCGUUACCACGUACACGCAGCAUACCUCAAGAACCUGCUACGAGACCCCGAAAGCACCUCUCACGACAGCUGGCUUCAAGUCCCUCAUGCGACGACGUAUUCGUCAAAGAAGAAGUCUCAGCGAGUUCGGAGCCCCCUACACCGGUUCCGAGGAAGAUGUCGAGGAGGUCUUCGUCUCAGCCGACCAUGAGUGAUUCGGGGUCACCCAAGGCAACGGAAGCUACAGGGGAAGUCUUCGGGUUCUGUUCCGGACCUCCAGAACAGACGUUCAAGGUUGUCUUUGUCGGGGACGCCUCUGUCGGGAAGUCAUCAUUCAUCAUGCGGUUAAGCAAAGGUAUCUUCCUACCGCAGCUGACGUCAACUUUGGGCGUUGACUUUCAGACGAAGAACGUGUCCAUAGACGAGAAAAACAUCUGCCUUCAGCUUUGGGAUACGGCUGGCCAAGAAAGGUUUCGGUGCAUCACGCAGUCGUACUUUCGGAAAGCCGACGGCGUCAUGCUCAUGUACGACUGCACCAACGAACAAUCUUUCGUCCAUGUCCGACAGUGGGCGAAUGACCUGGAGGAGGCCGCUUCCAGAGGCGUCCCUAUCAUGCUAGUCUGCAACAAGACGGACCUGAGGGAGUGGGCUCUAUCGCAGGGCAACACUGUUAUCAGCCGUGAGGAGGGAGAGAAGAUAGCGGAGGAAAUUAAAGCCAUUUUCAUCGAAACCAGUGCCAAAGACGGGUCCAACAUCCAGGAGGCUGUAGCAUCGCUGACGAGAGCCAUGAUCGCUAAAUCGAUUCCACGGGAAAGUGGAGACGUCCAACUCGCACAAACGCCCAGCAAGUCAAAGUGCUGCAACAAGUGACCAUCACGCCAUUUGAUUUCUCUCGCGCGACAACUAGUUUUUGCGAGAACCAUCUCGUAUCGAAUGGGCUAACCUCAACUCUUCAUUUCUAAAGCGGAGUAUAGCGAAUAUAUAAAUGCACACAAUGAGCGUUAAGAAUAUAUUUUUUAACUACA